AUGGCUUGUAGCACAGCAGUUAAUCAUUCUGUGUUAGGGCUUCAACGCCAAAUUGUUGGGAAGAGGCUAUCCCUCCUUUCAUUGCCUGCAAUUACAAACCUUGGUGGCAUUCCCAGAAGGAGAAGAAGCUGUCAUGUCUAUGCCCAUCUUCAACCUUCCGUUGUUUCCGAUGACCCCAAGUAUGGCAACAAACAGGUCAUCACAAUUACUCCACGCCUUUACGACUAUAUAUUGACAAACGUUCGGGAGCCUGAGAUUCUAAGGCAACUUCGGGAGGAGACUGCUAAUAUGCGGGGUUCUCAAAUGCAGGUAUCUCCGGAGCAGGCACAACUACUUGCCAUGCUCGUCCAGAUUCUCGGGGCGGAACGAUGUAUUGAAGUUGGUGUUUACACUGUAAGGACCUCAAGAACACCUUCAUUUCUGAACUUCAGUUGUCUCAGUUGCGCUACAGCUUACCAUUUUGAAGAACAUAUUCUGUUAACACUCGAUGGAUACUCAUCGUUGGCUAUUGCUUUAGUCCUACCAGAAUCAGGUUAUUUAGUUGCUUGUGAAAGAGAUUCCAAAUCUCUUGAGGUUGCAAAAAGGUACUACAAGCAGGCUGGUGUGUCACACAAGGUGGACGUGAAACACGGACUAGCAUCAGAUGCUCUAAAAUCUUUGAUUUUAAAUGGAGAAUCUGGCAGCUAUGAUUUUGCAUUUGUUGAUGCUGAGAAGAGAAUGAAUCAAGAAUACUUUGAAUUGCUACUGCAACUGUUUGUAAGAAAUGCACUUAGUCUCCUGUUGCAGGUGAGGACCAGGGGUGUCAUUGUGAUUGAUAAUGUUCUCUGGCAUGGAAAAGUUGCUGAUCCUCUGGUAAAUGAUGCUAGGACUGUCAGCAUAAGAAAUUUUAAUAAAAAUAUCAUGGAGGACAAGCGUGUAAGCAUCAGUAUGGUACCUAUUGGAGACGGCAUAACAAUCUGCAGAAAAAGAUGACCACACAUUAAAAACAUCUGGUAUUAUGUUGAUGCAGUGACCUAUUUCAUAAAGUGUCAAUUACAUUAGUGUAUGCAGCUGAUAUUUCCUUGGUCUCAGUUAUUGUGAAAAGGUAUCAUAUCCAAUGGCUUCCAUGGUUUCCACAGAAAGGUAAUUUAGUCAUUGAGACACCAGGCUCUUGGUUAAAACUUUGGUCCUGUGUUGGCAUUCCUUCAACAGCUUGACAAUUCAGUUUGAGAUAUGAAAGUCUGCUGAAAUUGAUGGUGGCAGAGACUACAUUCUCUUGCGAUGAAUUUUGGUCCUGAUGUAGGGAUAGCAAUCAUCCUGGUGCAUCUUGCAAGGGUGACUGCACUAUCAACCAUGAAUUCAAUAAUCACUUAACAUAUGUUGCCAAUAACAAGGCAGGCUAUGUUCAGAGGCCAUGAAGUAUGCAAUCAUUUGUUAUUUUUGUCUAUCUUUGAACUUGUAAGUUGUCUUCUGUACCGCAUCUAUGUGUCUCUAAGUAGCACAUUGAACUUUGUAUCGUCUUUGAACUAACAAAAAAUUGCAGUUUUGAUGAAA